CUCCAUUCCGCACCUCCGCGAGCCGGCGGGGCUGGGCGGCUGUUGGGUUCUAGUUUCCCUCCCCCUCCCUCCCUCCCUCUCUCCGGCCCUCUCCCCCGCCCCCACCCUGCCCCCCUUCCCCGACGGUGCUUCCAGACAUGGCGGCGUUCAGCAAGUCAAUCCCUCACAACUGCUAUGAAAUCGGCCACACUUGGCACCCGUCCUGCAGGGUCUCCUUCAUCCAGAUCACCAGGGGCGCCCUGGAGGAGUCUUUGAAGAUCUAUGCGCCCCUGUACCUGAUUGCAGCGAUUCUCCGGAAACGAAAACUAGAGUAUUACUUACACAAACUACUACCUGAGAUCAUACAAUCCGCUUCAUUUCUGACUGCUAAUGGAGCCUUAUAUAUGGCUUUCUUUUGCAUUUUAAGGAGGAUACUUGGAAAAUUCUUCUCCUGGAGUCCUGGCUUUGGUGCUGCUUUACCAGCUUCUUAUGUGGCUAUUCUUAUUGAAAGAAAAAGCAGGAGAGGUCUGCUAACAAUUUAUAUGGCCAACUUGGCCACAGAAACAUUGUUUAGAAUGGGAGUAGCAAGAGGAACCAUUACAACUUUGAGAAAUGGAGAAGUUCUUUUGUUCUGCAUCACAGCUGCCAUGUACAUGUUCUUUUUCAGGUGCAAAGAUGGUUUAAAAGGAUUCACUUUCUCUGCACUUAGAUUCAUUGUAGGGAAGGAAGAAAUUCCCACACAUUCAUAUUCGCCAGAGGCAGCAUAUGCAAAAGUGGAACAAAAGAGAGAGAAGCAUGAGGAGAAAUCAAGAAGAAUGACCAUAAUUACUCUAGCCAGGAAACUUGUGGAUUCAGUAUGCAAGCAUGGACCAAGGCAUAGAUGUUGCAAACACUAUGAAGAUAACUGCAUAUCUUACUGCUUAAAAGGCUUUAUCAGAAUGUUUAGUGUUGGUUACUUGAUUCAAUGCUGCCUUCGAAUUCCCUCAGCAUUCAGGCAUCUGUUUACACAACCAUCCCGGCUACUUUCUCUCUUCUAUAACAAGGAAAACUUUCAACUUGGAGCUUUUCUUGGCUCUUUUGUUAGUAUAUAUAAGGGUACUAGUUGCUUCCUUCGCUGGGUGAGAAACCUGGAUGAUGAACUGCAUGCAAUUAUAGCUGGGUUUUUGGCAGGUGUAUCAAUGAUGUUUUACAAAAGCACGACAAUCUCCAUGUAUUUGGCCUCCAAACUCGUAGAGACCAUGUAUUUCAAAGGCAUUGAAGCAGGAAAAGUUCCUUAUUUCCCUCAUGCAGAUACCAUCAUAUACUCCAUCUCCACAGCAAUUUGUUUUCAGGCAGCUGUCAUGGAAGUUCAGACCUUGCGACCAUCUUACUGGAAAUUUCUUUUAAGGAUCACCAAGGGCAAGUUUGCAGUCAUAAACAGAAAAGUCCUUGAUGUAUUUGGUACUGAUGCAUCUAAGUACUUCCAGGAUUUCACACCCCAGUUGGAUCCAAGAUAUACUACUGUGAUACCAGACCUACCCAUGGAGCUUUCUUGAAGAUUAUUCCUUAUUAUGACUAAAUGUGAUUAUCAUUUUCAUCUGAAAAGUUAAUUGAGUUGGACAGAAAGAAGAGGGCCCAUGUUCCACUUCAGUGUUAUUUCAAUGAGAAAUGCUUUUUAUUGAUCAUAAAUACUGAAGCUUUUUAGGAAGGUGUUGCUUAAUAAUUAAGCUCCCUCCAUAGCCAGAAUAUGAUUGUGGAUCAUUUUAGUAUUUGACAGUAUGGUAGAGUCUUGAUUAAAUUAUGUCCAUGAGAAUGGUAAAUGAUCUCAAGAGAAAUGAAAUGACAUAAAAUAUGCUUAAAAUAAUACUUUAAAAUAUAUCUUUAGUUCAUUCCAGUAUACUUCUUGGUGAGCCUAAGAAUAGUUCCACAUUUGAGAAUUUAUAAAGGAUCACGAGUACACAAAUUUGAUCUAUUGUAUUUUGGUUUAAGUUUUCAUUUGGCAACUGUGAUGGUGAAUGCCUCAUAUUUAAGAUAAUUUCAAAAACUGCUACUUGGUCGCUAAUUUAAGGGAAAACAAUAGCCAUUUUGUUUCAGGGUUGCAGAGGUAUCUUUUACCAUAUGAUUAAAUAUGGCAGUAACAUCAUUUUUAAAGCUCUGUUGUUAACACUGAUAACUUCACCCUUCCUGAUGAUAAGAUGGGCCAUUUGGCAGUCUAGUUAACACAUGAUCCACAUGGAAGGAAAUCAGUUUGUCAAGUGGAAAUUGUCAUAUCUGAGAAAGCUGAAAUGCAGUGUUUAAAUAUUUAUGGAAGCAUUGCAAGUGAGCACUAAAGAAGUUACCUUUAAAAGUACCAGCUUCCUGUAGAUUAAUUGCACUCAAAUUUGUUAAUAAGGAUUGUAUUCUUCAGAGCUAGGUUUUAAUGCCGUUGCUGUUCCAGAAGGGAUCAAAAUAUUGUGGAGCAGUCCUCUAAGAAAAUCAGCUUAAGCAAAUUCUUAAAGCCAUGUUUGUUCACGUUCAAGUGUGUCACACAGGCAGCGAGUUGUUUUAUAUUGAUAAUGACAGCUACUGACAACAUGAAAUGCCACUGGUUGUAAAAAAAAUCAGUUUCAUGACAAAUUUGCUUCAGAUUUUGUACUGCCUUUUUCCCAUUGUCACCAUGUUUUUCUGUGUUAGAAUAAAGUAGUGACAAAAUAUAGUCACUGCUAAUUAUGAAAGUUAGUUCAGAACAGCUGUGGCUGAAAUAGGAUCACUCCUUAGAGCUUUUCAGGGAAAAGUUGUACUUUUCUAAGCUAAUAAAGCUUGGACACUUGUGAUGACUGCUGUGAAUGGAACAUAUAAUAAGAAUGACUAUAUUUUUUUAAUACAAUUUAGUUGCUGAAAAGUUUGUAGCCCACUGUAAGUUAAUUAUGGAGUAGAACCUGUGUUGCAACUGGAAUUGUAACCCUGCCUUUAAAAUACUUAAUCCCACAUAUUCGGUUUCAUAAAGCCUGUAACUCCAUCCUCUGUUGUUAUGGCAAACUGAGACCCAACAGAAAUCAAGGCAUUGAUGGUAACAUAGUAGAGAUCUACAUUGGUUUCAUCUAAAUACUUUGCUUUGAUUAACUCUGUAGAGCUGACAUGUGCCAUCAGGACAUGUUAGUAAGAGAUUGUGCCAGUUUCUGACUCCAAAUUGUAUUAACAUAGUUUUAAAGUUUUUCCUCAUUGGAAUCAACAAAAUGAUAGGCUCCGUAUUAGGAGUUUAAAACUAUUAUGCAUUGCAAUAACCAAGAAAUAUUGCUGUCUGCAUCUCUUAUUUCUUUCAUUCAGAAACGUUGGUUAUAAUGCUUUUUUUGUCAUGUAAAAAUAAAAUCCUUUUGAUCCAUAAGUUAUUUUCAUUGAUAUAAAAAGCUCAUUUGUUGGAAUGACUUAAGCCCUACUGUAAUUUUCUUUCUGAGAUUCUAGAGUAAAAUAUUUGCUGCUUGUAAAGAUUCAACUCUUCGAUUUACUUUUAUUAAUAAAAACUGGUAAAUAGC